AUGUCCGACGACUUAUUCCGCAACGUACGGGAACUGUACGAGCAGGUUGACGCCCAGUUCAGUGUGCGUUCAUCGGAGGAGGGCGUCGGGGCUCAGAUGGCAUCGUUCUGCGUCUACAGCUGUGGCCUCUUCUCUACCUAUCUGGUUAAGUACAGGAAUAUCUGCUCGGACAAGUCCAUCGUCGCGCAAGCCCCGAACAUGCUUCAACGCUGCAUGUCCAUACUCAUUGAGUCUAAGCAGACCUGGCCCUUGGCCUCGCGCUGGCUUGAAUCCUUGGAGCGUUUCUCGCGUGAUCCCAAAGCAGCCGCCUUCAGCCUCGAAGGCAGCAUGGCCGAUGGCAACGACCGCACCCUCCGCCCGCUGCACCCAUCGCCUUCAAACUUCACAAAGGGCCCACGCGUAGAAGCACCGAAGUAUCAGCUUCCCGGCCCGCCGGCAACGCCCUUGGACGAGAAGAAGCCGCCACCGCCGUCGCUACGAAACAACAGCACCAGCAGCAGUACAUCCAACAUUCUUCCUCCCCCGAGCCCGUCGCCGAGUAUACAACAGCAGCAGAUGCACCAGCAGAUGCAGCAACAGAACAACGUCCCCCGCAACUUCUUCAUCAACCCCAUCAACAGCCACAGCACCAUCAACACUCGCCACAACACCAAACCCUCUCUCCUCACCAGCACCAGCACCAGCACCCUCAGCACCAGCACCAGCACCAGCAACUACAUCAUCCACCGCAACACCACCAACAGCAGCAACGCCCGCAACAACCACCAACACCCCAACCUCAAAUGCAACAACCCGAGCAACGGCAUGGGCAUGCUUGUGCAGGCCGCCACCUUCGACGCGACAAAUCCUAUCAUGGGCGCCCCGCCGUCGACAAACCCGUACGACCCGACGGCCGCGGCCGCUGUGGCCGCUUUCUACAACUCGCCGGGGGCUGCGUCCAUCGUCCUCGGCCCGGGCACCGACGGUUUCGAGUGCGAGCUGCAAAGCUGGUUCGACGGCUCGGCCCCCGUCCAGGCGACGAGCUGGAUCGGCAACGGCGCCGCAGGCCUCGGGUGGUUCGGAUCCACUACGCCUUCGUAA